AUGCCGAGGCGGUCCAGGCGGGGGGCGCCCCCCAGAGGAAAAAGGGCUCCCCCUCCGGACCCGCCGCCCCCCGCAUCCUCUCUGCCCAGGGACGCCUUGCUGCUGUUCCCCCGGUCCGGCUACCCCGCCAGCCUCUUCCAGGAGAAGCUGCCCGGAGCCAUUCGGCAGGUCAAGUGCACACGCGUCGGGCUGGUGGUCCUCAAGGCCGACAGGGAGGUGCUGGUUUUUGACAGAGAGGAGGACGGUGGCUGUCCGAGCCGCGCCGGGAGACCCAUGAUUAAAAAAUCAAAAAAGAAUGCCAGGGCAAGUUCACUGGACUGUAAAGUGUCUCAUCUGCUUAUUCUGUCAUCAGAAGGAAAACUUUAUGAGCAUCAUAUUGCAUCUGGAAGAAUUAAAUCAAAGCCAAGAUUACUGAAUCAAUUAGGAAACAAGCAGAUCGUUCAAAUUGCAUGUGGUGACUAUCAUUCCAUGGCACUUUCAAAAGGAGGAGAACUUUUUGCCUGGGGUCAAAAUGAAUAUGGCCAGCUCGGAAUGGGAAGAAAGAGCAGCCCUGUAAAGGAUCCACAGCUGAUCAGGGAGCUUCAGUGCAUUCCUUUGGCCAAGAUUGCAGCUGGAUCUGCUCAUAGCUUGGCCCUCUCUUUGUCUGGAGCUGUCUAUUCUUGGGGAAAUAACAGUUCUGGACAGCUGGGCCUUGGAGACACCAAAGACAGAUACUGCCCUAUACAUGUGAAGGCCCUAGAGCAUAUGAAGACUGUGGCCAUUUCUUGUGGUGGAGAGCAUACUGCAGUGCUCUUAAAGGGUGGACUGGUCAGUACUUUUGGAGCUGGCAGCCAUGGGCAGCUUGGCCACAACUCUACCCGCAACGAACUGUUUCCACGAAUGGUUGCAGAGCUGUUUGGCGCUCAAGUGUCUCAAGUAGCCUGUGGAAGGUGGCAUACUCUUGUUUAUGCCCCAGACCUUGGAAAAGUCUACUCAUUUGGAUCUGGAGCAGAAGGGCAACUUGGAAAUGGAAAAAACAGUGACCGGCUGGUACCACUUCCUCUAGACUUAACCAUGAACGGCCGAACAAUUAUAUUGGAAGGAAGAUCCUCGAAGGAAGUGGUUGAAAUCAUUGCUGGAGAGAACCAAAGCAUUGUGCUUCUUCUAAAAGAAAAGAGUUCAUAUGCAAAUGUAUAUCAAACUGUGGCCAAAGUGGAAGAGGAAAGGGUGGAAAAGUGGGUUUCCAAUACAGAUGCUGGUUGCUGGAAACAUAUGCUACAGGAAAUUAAACUGAUCUUCUCGUCUGCAGCUUGCAUCAAUGGAAGCUUUCUGGAUAAGAGAGAGAAAUAUUUCAGCAGCUCUUGGAAGACUGCAGGUGUGGAUCCGUCAGCUGUGUUUCUUUUCUGUGAGAAGAUUGCAGUUAAACCUAAAGUCUUCACACAAGUGAUCAAGGGUCUUAACAAGCUUCUGAGGUCUCUCCCUACAUUUCCUGCUUCUCCAGAAGCACUCAGAGUCUUCUUGGUGGUGCCCAUCCUCUUACGGAAGGAAGACAUUGAGUCCGAUUGUCUCCUUAGCCAACUAGCUGAAGCCAUCUGUCUUCUCCCACAGCAAGCCAAGCAAAUUCUUGAAUGCUUGUGGUCAAAUCUAGAAGUCACAUUUUUCAAGGAUCUAGUGGCCUUGUACCAGAAGCUUGUCUGUGUCAAGUUGUCUGCAUUUAUUAACCUCCAGAGAUGUUCAGAACACAAUAUAUCAACAGGGGAAUUAAUUCCGUCCAUUCAAGUUCUGCAGAUGCUUUAUGAGGUAAAUCGCAAGGCUGGUUUUAGAAUCCAGGAAAAUAAUUUUUAUAUCCCUGAUGUGAAAAGAAUACUGACUCUUCCAAGUAUGAGCCACAUAAGAAAUGUAGAAGAAGUGAUAAGAAGAAUAUUGCCACGGAUAAAUGAACUGCAGCUGGCAUUGAAUACACUCAUCCUCUUCCCUUGCAUGUUUGACUUGGAAGAUAAGAUAGCUAUGCAUAAACUGUCCUGCACAUUUCUGAACACCAUGAACCUUGGUGCACCUGGAGAACUACAUGUAAGAAGACAACAUCUGGUGCAGGAUACCUGGCAGGGUAUAAGAAGUGCUACAAUUUGUUUUCAACGUUUCCUUAGAGUGCAUUUUGAAGGAGAACCUGGGAUUGAUGAUGGAGGCCUAUCUCAGGAGUUCUUUAGUAUCCUUGGAAGAGAAUUGUGUGCUCCAGAAAAAAAGAUAUUCAGACAUUUUGAAGAGUCACAUUUGAUUUGGUUUUCCUGCCAGGUAUCGUCACAGGAUGAUAUAUAUUUCCUAAUUGGAAACCUGUGUGGAAUGGCAUUCUACAAUAUGAAGACAGCAGAUUUUCCUUUCCCUCUUGCUCUGUUCAAGAAGAUGGCAAAUGUUCCUCUGACUCUGGAAGACUUAAAAGAGCUCUCUCCUAUAGAAGCAAGUAAUCUUCAGGUCAUUCUGGAUGAACCUUAUGAAGAUAUCAUUGAAGAGAUGAUGUUGGAUUUCACAGUAAUAGAAAAACAUGAAGAAGCCUUAGCUGUGGUAGAGCUGAAAGAAAAUGGUGCCAACAUUCCUGUUACUAAGUAUAACAGAAAAGAAUAUGUCGAUGCUUACAUCAAUCACAUGCUCACUGUUUCCGUUAAGAACCAGUUUGAGGAUUUCAGGCGUGGAUUUGAAAGAGGCUGCCCAACUAACACAUGGCAAAUGUUCCUUCCUGCUGAGCUCCGAGUUGUCCUGCUGGGACAUAGGGAAUAUGACUGGGAACAACUGGAAAAGAAUGCUGACUAUGCUGGUUAUGAGAAGUCAGAUGAGAUAAUCCAGGAUUUUUGGGCUGUGUUCCAUGACCUUCCUGAAGAAAACAAGAAGAAAUUUCUUGCUUUCCUUACAGGAACUGACCGCAUUCCAGCCCAAGGGAUGGAAAAAUUCACAUUCAUAAUUGCAGAUCCAAAACAAACAGACCCAGACUCGUGGUAUCCUAUAGCCUGCACUUGCCUUAGAAUCUUCUUUCUGCCACGAUACACUGACAGAGACAUUCUUGAGAAAAGGGUUCUCUGUGCUCUUGAGUGGUUUGAGAAAUUUGGCCUGGCCUGAAGGCUGGAAGGACAUUUCCCUACAACUGCCAUCGCUUCCCAUCUAACUAAUUUAUUGUUGUUUCUUUCAAGUGGGGAGGGGGAAAUGACAUCUGGUUCUGCAGAAGACAAGAGAAUUUUUACUUGUAUAGGCAAUGCGCUGCAGGAGCUAAAAAUAUUUGUCUAUUGACUGGGGAUAUCUGGGCUCAGAUCUUCACUGAGCAAUAAAAGGAGAUAUGUUUGGUGGUUGAUUUUGCACCAGUCACUUUCUCGUUGACCUACUUCACAGAGUUGUUGUAAAGGUAAUUUAAACCAUUUGUAUACGCCUGAAGUUUUUUGAAGAAGAA